AUGGAGCUAGAGGCUUUAGAUGAUGUUGAAGUUAGGGAUACGGAGACUCUAGAUAACAAUGAGGAAGAGUUUAAAACACCGACAAUUGGAAUGUAUUUUGAGACAAUUGAAGAAGCACGGAAUUACUAUGAACGUUAUGGUCAAGAAAAUGGGUUUUGGAUUCGUACUCGAGGUUCAGACAAAGGACGAAAUAGGUUGAAUGAAGUCACUAGGGUGCGAUUUGUUUGCACAAAAGAAGGAAAUUAUGCUGCAAAAAAGCAGCAGGAGGGUGUUCAACCGUUAAAUGUGGAUGCGGUAGAUGAAGAGGAGAAGGUGAUAUCAAAGAAAAGAGAUAGAAAUUGUUCAACGGUUAAAUGUGGAUGCAAGGCUUUUUUGCGGAUUAUUCAUGACAAAUGGAAUUGCAAAUGGAAAGUAACAUGUUUUGAUGAAAAUCACAACUACCCACUGGUGACUCCAAGUAAGAGGAUGAAAAUGAAGUCAAAUCGAAACAUGCCGAAAGCAAUUAAGAAUUUGACUGAGACAUUUCAUAGAGAAAAUAUAGAUGUUUCAAAAGUUCCUUCAAUUUUUGGUGGUGAGCACAUUGGCUUUGAUAAUAGGGAUUGCUACAAUCACUUGAGGAAUGUGUGGCAUAGAGACCUAGAUUGCGGUGAUGCACAAUCAGUUCUUGACUACUUUAAGGACAAACAAGCACAGAAUCCACAAUUUUUUUAUGCGAUUCAAUGUGAUGAAAGUGGGAGGGCAGUUAAUUUUUUUUGGGUGGAUUAUCGAUCUCGCAUGGCAUAUCAUUAUUUUGGAGAUGUGGUCACAUUUGACACAACAUAUCGAACAAAUAAGUAUGAUAUGCCUUUCGCACCAUUUACGGGAGUAAACCAUCACAUGUAG